AUGACGUCCGCUUCACAGAGGUCAACACGGCAGGACCUUUAGACACUUUGAAUCACAGUCACCACAGGGAUACUUGGAAACAUCUCAAGAGAAGCAUGAGGAAACACUGUGCGAUCAAACAUGGAAUACUCAAGGAAUUCCUGGCAGAAUUUCUGGGGACCUUUGUUUUGGUUUUAUUUGGCUGCGGCUCAGUCGCCCAAACGGUCCUCAGUCGAAACACUUUGGGUGAGCCGCUCACCGUGCACAUUGGCUUCUCCGUAGGACUGAUGAUGGCGGCUUACGUGGCCGGUGGCGUGUCAGGGGGCCACGUGAACCCCGCUGUGUCUCUGGCCAUGGUGAUCCUCGGCAAACUGGAGAUCUGGAAGUUUCCUUUCUACGUCAUCGCUCAGUUUCUCGGCGCAUUUGCAGGAGCUGCUGCGGUCUUUGGAUUAUACUACGAUGCUUUCAUGGACUUCACCAGCGGGAUUCUGUCGGUGACGGGAAUCAACGCCACCGGUCACAUUUUUGCAUCCUACCCAGCGAGACACCUGUCAGUUCUUGGCGGAUUCAUUGAUCAGGUGGUGGGCACGGGCAUGCUGGUUCUGUGCAUCCUGGCCAUCAUGGAUGGAGGAAACAUCGGCGCUCCGAAAGGUGUGGAGCCACUGGCCAUCGGGCUGAUCAUCAUGGCCAUCGGGGUGUCUAUGGGCCUGAACUGUGGAUACCCCUUGAAUCCUGCCAGGGACCUCGGACCUAGACUGUUCACCGCUGUGGCCGGAUGGGGGAUGGAGGUCUUCAGCACGGCAGGCUACUGGUGGUGGAUCCCAGUGGCGGGGCCCAUGGUGGGGGCUGUGGUCGCCGCCGUCCUGUACUACCUGCUCAUCGAGCUUCAUCACCCCCGCGACCAUGCCGAGAAGCCCCGCGAGGAGGAGGGCGAGGAGGAGGAGGAGGAGGAGGAGGAGGAGGAAGACGAGGAUGACGAGGACUGCAGUCUGAAGGACAAAUACGAAAUGAUCACCAUGAGUUAAACACAGUGGCGGGCCACGCGUUUCGGGCCUUCGGUGGGAAUUUACCCGGCUUAAUCCACCUUUUAAUACCACCACUAUCAUGUCGCAAUUAUAGAAGCAAUUCUAUACUAUAUAUAUAUAUAUAUAGACACAUACACAAAAUUAAAAAAAUAUAACACGUACAUCAUCUAAUAAACAUAAUUCAAAGAAAAUACAUCAGAGAUGCUAAUUAUUGAAAUGUAUUCAUGUGUGUCUUUUUUACAGUUUUGCUCGUCAAAUUUGGCCUGCUCUGACCAACCAAUCAGAGGACAGUAAAAUGCUAAUGUUGUCGGCCCCGUGAAGCAAACUUGCAAUCUAAUACCCUCAUUGCUAAUAUAGUUUAAAGUACAUUUGGCAGCACUGCUGACUCUGAAAGCCCUGGGCUGGUUGACAUGGCCAAAAAAAACAAACGAGAGGAGACAUUCAGUGCACGUGGGCGCAUUUACUCAGGUUAUGGUCGAUCUCGUGAAGAAUUUUCACUUCAGUAUGCGUGCUCUCUUUGUUAAUGGCGCAAUCGACUGGAGUUACACCUAUGAUCAACCUUUUUGGCCCACUCGCAACACUCAAUUCAAAUUUGAUGCAACGCAGCAGCUAAUUGUACAAAUUAACAGUUCUACACAAGCAAGUAGCUUGCGAAUAAAUAAAAUAUGCAUAAAACAGCUGUGCUAAGCUCAAGUAUUUAAAUGUGAGUUGAUGGAAAUCUAAUGAACAUUCUGAAUGGAUGAAAUGUAAAUAUUGUACUGUCGGAUAUUAGAUAUUACAAGCAAGAUAAUCUCCUUCAUAUUUGCUCCUGUUAUUCUGCAGUAGUCCAAAUAUUUUUACUUUUUUGUUUUACUUGUUUUGUUUUCUUAAGCAAACCAAAUGUAUUCCUUGUAAUGUAAUGUUUUGUUUAAAUUAAAAUUUCUACAAACUAGUUACCUGUA